GGGGUCAUCUACAGUUUCAUUUCGUUCAUCGAUCACCAGAUGUGUUAUUAAGGAAGCAAAGAUUAAUUUUUUUAUCUGAUCAUGGAAGGAGAGAAUGGGAUCCGAAGACCUAACUUUCCAUUACAAUUGUUAGAGAAGAAAGAAGAAGACGAUGUGUGUUCAAGCUCAGGCUAUCCAUCUCUAGCCAUAUCAGCCGAAACAAGCACGAUCCGAUCAUCUAUCGAUUCUACUCUCCAGCAAGUUCAAACAUCUGAACCUUCAAAUAAGCCUCCACCCAAACGUACCUCAACCAAAGAUCGACACACCAAAGUAGAUGGCCGAGGACGUCGAAUUCGUAUGCCGGCGACAUGUGCCGCUCGUGUCUUUCAACUUACUCGAGAACUUGGCCAUAAAUCCGACGGUGAAACCAUCGAAUGGCUCCUCCAACAAGCUGAACCAGCCGUGAUCGCCGCCACCGGUACCGGUACUAUUCCAGCCAAUUUCACUUCCCUCAACAUCUCUCUCCGAAGCUCUGGGUCUAGUAUCUCCGCACCAUCUCAACUUAGGACUUCAUACUUCAAUCCAAACUUCGCUGCAGCUACUCAACAACUAAGGAUGAGAAGUGAAUGGGAGCGAAACAUCGAUGAUUCGCAACGUCGAAUUCUAUUCCCUGAAAGCUCCAAUUCCACACUGCUCAAUUUCAACACAAACAAUGUCAUGCUACAUACAACUAAACAAGAGCUGCGUGAUCCUUGCUUGGAUAUGUCGUCGGAUGGCGAGGUCGGCGGCAUCGGUGGUUGUCGAAAGCGUAGGCAAGAACAAGAUACUUCUCAACAACAGAUGGGUAGUUAUUUGUUGCAAUCAAGUUCCGGUCCAAUUCAGGCCAGUCAUGGACAACAAAUUCCGGCGAAUUUUUGGAUGGUUACUAACCCUAACAACCAAGGAAUGAGUGGUGAUCCUAUAUGGACAUUUCCUUCAGUGAACAAUACUAGUAUGUAUAGAGGGUCAAUGUCAAGUGGACUACAUUUCAUGAAUUUCCCAACUCCCAUGGCUCUCUUGCCUAGUCAACAAUUGGGUUCAGGUAUCGGUGGAAGUGGUGGUGCAUCGGAGGGACAUUUAGGAAUGCUUGCCGCACUUAAUGCGUAUCGUCCGUUGUCCAGCGGCGGCGGCGCCGGACUUAAUGAUCCUCAAGCAAGUGGUUCAAAUCAGCAUCAUCAAGGUGGGAAUGAACGACAUGAUUCAUCAACCAGUCACCAUUCUUAGAUGAUCAUGUACUAUCAGAGAGAGUGUGGGUCCUGCCAUUUACUAGGAUGGCGGGGUCCACAGUUUCAUCAGUUUCAGGUGAGUCUCAGGUGGUGAGCCCC